UAACAGUCUGACAACAUUUCUGUGACGUGACAGUGACAACCGUUACAAGAGUAAACAGUACCAGUUUCAAUUGGAUAUGAAGUUUGUUGCUUUGAAGUGAUGUGGUGUAUAAGUUUUCUCGAUUGUUCUAAAGCUAUUGACUUGCUAUAAAAAGGACUUACUGUUUAAAGGGAAUCAGUUUCCAAGAAGCGGAGCAAGCAUUUAAUGGAAUUUUUAAAUUAAAACUAAAAGUGUAGAAUUUAACUCUGCCAGGGAAUAUAAUUGUUUGGACAUAAUGAAUAUACUUGUAUUCUUAACACUGACAAUUAUCGGGGCAUCCCUUGCUGAAGGGGCCUGCCCAAUAAGGGGCUGCACAUGCUCGACGUCAGGGGACAUCAUGUGCGGUGGGGCAAACUUGAGGCGUAUCCCAGCGAUUGCGCCACCAAGACCAAACCAACUUAGACAGACAUAUGGGGAGCUUCAGUUGGGUCGUAAUAACAUUCGUGAAAUCCCAGCAAGAGCAUUUGAAAAUUUAAAAGUGAAGCAUUUAGCUUUGUGGCAUAAUCCAAUAGGGGACAGUAUCGCACCCCAGAGCUUAAUGGGACUCGAUAACACUCUGCUCACCAUCGAUAUGUGGGAUUGUGAUCUGGAAAAUCUGCCAUUGGGACUAUUUAAUCAUUUGAAAAAAUUGCGCAAGAUUGAACUAGGGUCGAAUAAAAUUUCGCAACUCACUGAAGGAUUCUUCGAAGGUGCCAAAGAUCUCUGGUCAAUCAGCCUAAAGAAGAACAAAAUUCAACAAGUCGCUAGAGACUGGUUUCGUGGACUUUCUAAACUGGCUGAAAUUGACUUUCAAAAUAAUGAAAUUGCAGGAAUUGCUAUUGGUGCAUUCGAUGGCCUGACAAAAUUGAGGCGAUUGCACCUCGAUGGUAAUAAAUUGACGACAAUCGUCCCAGGAAUGAUGAGUGGGCUCGGGAACCUCCAGGAGCUCUACCUUCAAAAGAACCCGUUGCAGUCCAUUGCAGAUGACUCCUUCAGUCACGCUUCAAAUCUGAAAAAACUCAACAUGGCUGAAACAGGAAUCGGUCGAUUGAGGGCCAAGAUGUUCAAUGGACUUGGUCAAUUACAGCAUCUUUCUCUCGGACAUAACAACUUGAGCUUUGUUCCUCCAGGAUUAUAUAAAAUGUUGUCAUCGUUAAAACACCUCGAUUUGGACCACAAUAAACUAUCUAACAUUGGAAGUGGAUGCGCCGUGAGACGGUUAGAAUUUUCACCACCAGGAGAGAAUUCCGCACCAGGGUACAAUGAGUUCAUCAUGAAUAUCGCAGCAAACCCAAUAGACUGUACAUGCUAUAUGGAGUGGGUUAACGAGUUUAUUGACUUUGGGGGUGAGAUUACUGGACUGUGUAAAACUCCAAGUAACUUGGCAGGUUCUACAGUUGGUAGCGCUGAUAUGUUUAACGAGUGCCCAACACCAAUGUGUAUGUCAUGAUUUAUGUACAGUGUAUGUAAAAACAGGAAACUUCCUUUGGCUUUAGAUUUAUAACUUGGAAUUAGAUUUUCCUGUAUGGUGAAUCAGAUUUGUACAUCCUUAACAUCACAUUGUGGUUAUGCAUCAUCAUGAUGUGAUUUGUCAUCAUCAUAUGAGUUUUCAUCAUCAUUUUCAUGUUAACCAUCGUCAUUCAACUUUUCAUUCCUUACCUUGUACAGGUUAGUCUUUGAAAAUAUGGAAAAUAGCCUUAGUUGCUCAUGAAAUGAACAUAAAAUUGACCCAUUUUACUGGUUUAUGCCGUGUGGACAAUCUUCAAGCCAUGGACAUGGAUCAGAAGUGUCACCCAUGUAUAGAUGAAAAGUUUAUAAAAUCGAACAUAAUAUCUAAUUUGAAUAUUAGUUGAAAAUUUCAAAGUAUAUGAUGUAUUGUUAUAGUACUCAAAGUCUUCAAUUCUGCAAAAAUUAUGUUAUGUGAGAGACUUUAAGACCAGAAUGGCUAUUAAUUUUUGGGUAGCAAUUUUUGAAUACUAUAAGAGUACAUACAUGUAUAUAAUAUAUUAAUACAGCCUUACCAAAGUUAACUUAACUUGACACAACUGUGAAUUAUUGUGUCCGACAAAAAAAGUUUUGGAAUGUUUUACAUUUUAAUAGUGAAAUGAGUGAAGUUAGUUCAGUAUGGCUUAACAAAUACUCACACACAUUUG